GUAAGGACGCACAUCAAGAGGAUCUUUAACAUGUGAUGAGAUUGUUCAACUGCUGAAACACACAGCAGGGUUUGGCGAUGCAGUGUUUGCGUGGAUAGUGCUUGACAACAAGCCAUCGUUUCAUUUUGGAUACUUUGGAUACUUCCCUCUCGGUUUCAUCAAGCUCUUUUCAGUGAGCAAUAAGCAAUUUUUAGUGAUGGCAUUUGCCAUGCUGCGGCCCAUGGCGACUCAUCUAGCGUACCCGGAUGUUGCCAUGAUGUCCGAGGAUGAGGAGAACCGCAGCGAGAGCGACGGCAGCUCGGAGCAGAGCUACGGCUGCUGUCCCAGUGCGGAGAAGCGGCGGCAAAUGUUGCGCAAGUCCACGGUGAGCAGUGUGGUUGUAGUAAAGCAACGGAACGCAGCGAACGCGCGGGAACGCGACAGGACGCAGAGCGUCAACACUGCUUUCACAGCGUUACGGACUCUUAUUCCCACCGAGCCGGUGGACAGA